GCUGCUGGUGGCACAAGGGUUUAACUGGAGCACCUGGAGCUUGGCAGGAGAUGAGGAAUGUGCUGACCAGGGCCUCAGAAUGUGUCAGUUUGACUUGAUUUUAUUCAGAUCUAACUGACCAGAAGAUUCCUCUUCUCUUCAUUCUCCCUCUCCCAGCAGAAACAUUUAUUAUGCUAAGUGAAAUGUUUAACCACUGGCACUGUUGGCUGCAACAGCUCUUCAUAAGCAGCUUUAGCAUUUGCUGGGAUCAGCACCCUGGGGCUGGAGAUGGUGUUUUCCUCUGCCCAGUUACUCUUCCUCACUCCUCUCUCAUCUCCCCUGCCCGUUUUUCAAGUUCCAAUGCGUUAAAAUAAAAAGUAUUAACGGCGCUUAUCUGAUGCAUGGGAGAUUGUGAGAGCAAGCUGGCGAGCAGCCAGGAGCUAAUAGCAGCAUAAAGCAAUUUGCUGAAAAAAAAAGAAUUAACAUGCUAAUUGUCAGGCUGGAGAGGUUGCUGGGGAUCACAGAGGAGUAACAAAAAAAAAAAAAAAAAAAAAAAAAAAAAAAAAAAAAGAAAGAAAAAGGGACAUUGAUUACUCUAGGUUUAAACAAUAAAGGGCUGAAGAAGAAAGAAAGGUUUUGAGGCAAUUUUCUUCUUUUUUGUCCCGUUCUCUGCUGCCCUCCCCCAGCUCAAAACCUCCAGCCAGAGCCUCAGGCACUCACGGGAAUUUAUCCGAAGAUCUCUUCCUUUUUAGCAUCGUGUCAGUGCCAGCUGCACCGCGGGCUCGGCAGCAGUGUGCAGCCCUGCCCUGCCCGGGCUGGAGCUGCGGCCGGGCAAAGCCGGGUCCAACAGAGCCCGCCCUGGCUGAGCCAGCGCUGGGAGCCUCCCUGAGAACUGAAUCCCCAGGGAAGCUGUUUUGGGGUUUCUUUCCCGGACAAAGGGACGUCGCUCUUUUUUUAACUAUUAUUUUUUAAAAUUUAUUUCUCUCAAAGCAAUGAAAGGAGUGCCUGGAAAGCUCAGCCUCUUAACCCCGGCUCCACAGAGCGCCGUUAACUGGGAUUAGGAAAGUCAACUAAUGCUUCCCAGCGCCAGGAUUUCAGCAGCACGGAGCCUCCCGAGGCACAGACCCGCGACGGCAUCUCCGGGCAGCGGCUGCCUCUCUGCACAGAUGCCGCUUAACCCCGGAUUUCUGUGCACCCCACUUCUGCAGAGCGGCUGCAGAGCCACCGUGCCUCCCCUCGGCGGGCGGUGAGCGCUGCCAGGGCUGCUCGGUGCCUGCCAGCCGGGCUGAAGAAGCUCUGCCGAGCCCAGCCCGUGCCGGAGCGGGGCACCGGGCUCGCAGCUCUCCCCGCACAUCCCUGCUGACCCGCAGAUGAGCCGGAGCAUCUCCCCAAACCCGGCGUGCUGGGGGAACCAGGGCCAGGACACGAGACUGACUGCGUUUGUCCUCCUGUUUUACUUCUGCUGCGGAAGAAAUUUAAGCAAGAACAUGUAUAGUGAAUUGCUCAAUUCAACCAGUGCCACCGAAGCUCACCUAAUGAUUCAGACCAACACGCCCUACCUGAGCAGCACUCCGAGACCCGUGAGCUCCUCUGCUCUUUACAUGUCCACAGCCCGGGUGUUAAAAGAAGGGGAAAUAAAUAAGCCAGACCUGGUGACUUACAUAAUUCUAUUUUUCUUUCUGUUCUUGACUGUGACAUUCAUUGUGUUCUUCAUAAACUGCCAGCUGAAAAAUUCUUUUUUUGCUACUCUUCCUUACGACAGAUCGCUCAGGGAGGCGAGGAACCCGUGGAGGACACAAGCUGUCUGACACUUCUCAUUCCAGCAGGAGCAGGCACCACAAACCCUGUGCAGAAAGGAGUUAGUGCCAUGUGCCAGUGCAUGGAUGUGACCCCCUUUAGAGUAGUGGGCAGGAGGAGAUUGCUCAAAAUUAUGCUGUAUGCCAAUCUGGGUAGCUGUAAAUAAAAAGCUCUGUUAUGAACUGAAGAGAAUGCUUUAGCAAAUUGAUACAGUUUUUGCAAAAAAUUGCCCCGUGAUUCCAGAUUAAGCUCUGUGUGUAUGCAAAUGUCAUCAUCCACCCAUUCAGUGUCCAUACAAGGAUAAUUGUAUUAACAACAAUCUCUGAUUUGGGCAUCUGGUGGAGCUUGUUCCCCCGUGUUUAGGAAAACAAGCAUCAAAUGUAAAAAACCAGUGUAUUUACCUAACAGCUCCAGAGAUGGGUUUCUCCCAACUGCUGCUGGAACAGCAUGGUGAUGCUGUGGGAGGCCUGCCAGGCAGGAGGAGAAAAUGAAAAAUGUUUAUUUGGGCUUUUGAUUGUCAUUCUGUUAAGGCUGUUUUUGAUGUUUGAAUGCAUCAUUGAUCAAGUCUUAAGUUACCACUUAUGUGAAACACUUACUGCCUAAGGAAUUUAUUUUCAUCUUUCAUAAACUGCAAAGGAAAUUAUUUGCCACAGCAUGAAACCAAAAUAAUCAAGAUGGGGAGAAGUGGGGAAGGAAAAUUAAUUUAUUUAAUAUUAUGCAAACUAUUGAAAAGUGUGAGGAGAGUGCUCCAAGUUUGAUACACAAAGUGGAUAAGUUCUGAAAGCCAUAAAACACAGCUUUAUAGGAAUAGUAGCUUUACUUUGUCACUCCAUGCUCUUCAUCUAAACCUUGCCCAAUUAGAAACAUGAAUUAUCAAUAUUACAACAGCUUUAUUCAACACUGGUCACUGGCAACCCUUACCAUUUCAAAUUACUAUCUGAUUUUGUUCAAAAAUCAGAACAAAAAAAAAAACCUUCUGCUUAACACUGGUAGGUGACAAUCUAUUUUGUAGAUGCUGAUUUCUUGUAAACUUGCAGUUACAGCACAAUUCCAGAUGAAGCUGCAUGAAUUUGGGAAGAGUGUCCAUAAUUCCCACAAACUGCGGGCAAAGGGCUUGGGUUUUGUUGGUUUGGUGUGGGUUUUUUUUGUGUUUGUUGUUGUUGUUGUUGUUGUUGUUUUUUAAAUCAAAUGGCUCAACAUACAGGAGAAUUGCAGCUAUCCAGAAACACCCAGUCCUAAAUUCUGUUUUAGCUGCAGUUUUGGGUAUUGGAUCAUCUGAAAUGGGUUUCACAGGGGUGUCAGAUGCUGCUCCUAACCCUGUUCUUGAACUGCAGAGUACUCCAGAUGUAUAUAUGUGUACAUAACUUAUUUCAUCCAAAGGAGGAGAUUUUACAAUGCAAUUACACACACAUACAGGCUUGCACUCAAGAACACAGACAAAAUGUGUAUAUAUGGAAGUCUGUUUGCAAGCUGCUUCUUUUUUAACCCAAGAAUCGCACAGUUGAUAACACUUCCAUGUCAUUGUCUUUGUUACCAUGUUUUAUUUUGCUCCAAUAAGCUAAACUACUACAUAACAGAUUUCAAUAUUUUAUUCCUUGAUAUGUGGCCAAUAUUUCCUCUGAACCAAAUUUAACUGGUGUAAUUCCAAUUAAUGCAGAAAGCAACAAUAAAUGCAAGUGUAUUUCUCUCAGCCCUUUUUGAAUAAAUCAAGUUUUAUCAAA